ACAGACCAACCUUGAGACUUGAGACCAACUGAACAAAGCACAUGUAAACAUUCCCACGUGAGAGUAAGUUGCUGUGAAGUGUGUUGCUGCUUCGUAUGAAUUUAUAAGCUCACCCGAUCACCAACAAAAUGAGUUUUGAGGGUAAAAUUAAGAAGAAGAAAAAGAAGAGUUAUCUUUCUAAAGCCAAGAAGUUCGGAAAAAGCGGCCGCUUUGGAAAAGGGAGCUACGUGAGCGAAGAUGUUUACAACUAUUUCGUUCGAGUGGUGGAACUUGACAAUGCUGGAUUUGCUUCAGACGAGGAGCGAGAUGUCUUCGUUUCCAACACCUUUGAGCAAACAGUGGGACAAGAGGUUUUACUUUCCACCAACCAGUUCACAUCUGUUGCUCUUGAGCGACUCAUCAAAAAGGGAAAGGACGAAUGUGUGUUGAAGUUUAUGAAGUCUCUUGCUGAAGACAUGAGACCCAUACUGAACGACUGCUUUGCAAGUCACGUCUUCCAAACGUGUCUGAAGAAAGCCGCGCAAAGGAUACAGGAAAUUCCAGCAGACGAGGACAGCAAAAGCAAGGAGGAGUACACCUCCUGGAUAAUCAAAGUUGGAAGAUUUUUGUCGAAUAACAUGGAAGACUUCAUGUGGGAUCAAUAUGCUAACCAAAUCAUGAGAACGGUCGCCGAAACUUCUAGUGGCUCAGAACCAUCCAAUGCAAAGGAGGCUAAAACAAAGAAAAAGUUGCCAAAAAUUUUAAGAGAAUUUUUCAAAGAAUUCUGUCUGCAUGUGCAAAACAUGCCUCAAUUACCAGAUAUGGUUUCUGCGGUAAUCACCAGUGGCUUUUUGCAAACUUUGUUGAAAUGCUCCAGUCUUGUCUCAGCUAAACUGUUUAAGCCGUUAGCGGCAAAACUAGUUUCUGCGCUGGACAACAAAAAGAACAGUGACAGAAUGGAGGGCCCUUGCUGGAGACUUUUGGAGGCAAUUCUGGCAACUAAAGACGAAGAAGUAAAUCAGCAGAUGUACGAGAAAUUCUUCAAGGGAAGUCUAAAAAAGACUGCCACAGAUUCGGAACAAAACUUCAGUGUCCAACGCUUGCUGGAAAACUGUCCAUCAAAGGAACAAUUGGAGGCAAUUUUGGAAGAACUCAAUACUGUGGAGGUAAUUGAAUCUUUGCUUUCGUCAGGAAAUUUUGGAGUUAUCAGAGCCAUGGGAGAAUCCUGCAAAAAUUUAGCAACCAAUCAAGGAAGUUUUUGCCAGAGCUUAAUAGGGGCUCUUCACUGCAACAAUCCAAAUGACAGGAUGAAUCUUCUUUCCCCGCUGAUUCUUGCGAUGAAGGACUUUGAAAAGUACGAGCAUUUCCGAAUGAUGAAUGAGGACGCAGUCCAACCUGUCACUCUUCAAGGCUCACUGUUGCUUCAAGCAUGUCUCAAUUUCAACAAGCCUAUCAAGUUUGUCCAGAGUUUUUUAUCAUUGGAUGGCGAGAGCUUGGUCCAGAUACUUAGCGAACCCAAGGGCUGCCACGUAACUGAUGCAUUUAUGGGAAGCAAAUUUAUUGGAGAGAAAAGCAGAGAGAAACUUUGCCACAUUUUGAAGGGUCAUUGGGCAAUUUUAGGCUGCAGCAAAUUUGGUUCCCGCAGUUUAGACUCAAUAUGGAAAGUGAGCACCUUGAAGAUGAGACAGUCCAUCAUGAAUGAACUCUCAAAAGAACUGCCUAAACUGAAAGGGGACCAGUAUGGACGAUUUAUCGUCACCAACUAUGGUUUGGAGCUUUUCAAACACCAUCCAGAAGACUGGGCUACGGCGCAAGGUAAGGAGAUAACAGCAAAAAAAUUAUUUUCCGACAUUCUGGGCGAAGACGAACCUGCGACGAAAAAGAUCAAGAAAAACAAGGGUUAAAAGUUGUUGCAGUAAUAAACGUGGUUAUUAUUUUUGCUUUUA